AUGGAAGAUAUUUUCCAAUGGUGCCGCGAGGGAAAUGCCAUGCAAGUGCGCGUUUGGUUGGAUGACACUGAACAUGACAUGAAUCAAGGCGAUGAUCAUGGGUUCAGUCCACUCCAUUGGUGCUGCAAAGAGGGACAUUUAAAAUUGGCAGAGUUGCUAGUUAGCAGAGGAGCACGCAUUAAUGCUACUAACAGAGGAGAUGAUACUCCUCUUCAUCUUGCUUCUGCCCAUGGCCACAAGGAAAUAGUACAAUUGUUACUUAGAAAUCGAGCCGACGUCAAUGUGACGAACGAACACGGUAACACUGCCCUUCAUUAUGCAUGUUUUUGGGGCGAUCAAGCAGUUGCCGAAGAAUUGGUAGCUGCUGGUGCUCGUGUGUCCAUUGCUAAUAAAGAUGGGGAUACUCCUUUGGAUAAAGCAAGAGGCCAUUUGGCUAAGAGAUUACAUGAUUUGGCUGUAGAAUACGGGCAAGACUUAAAAAAGAUCCAGUUCAAAGAUCAGAGUUGGUUGGGUUUAAAAACUAGGAGUCGCGACGCUACGCUGUCCAGAUACAAAGGGAUAAAUAUGGCAGAUUUGGCUCUGCGCACACUUUUAGCGAACACGCCAAGCGGCGAAACUUGGCGGGGCCGUUGGCAAAACAACGACGUCGUGGCGAAAAUUUUGAACAUACGCGAGUGCACUGCUCGAAUCUCGAGGGAUUUCAACGAGGAAUUCCCGAAACUGAGAAUCUUCUCGCACCCGAAUGUAUUACCCGUACUCGGCUGUGUCAAUCAGCCGCCGCAAUUAGCAACAGUUUCACAAUACAUGCCGCGUGGGAGUCUGCACAGGCUUUUACAUGGAGGGACAGGUGUCGUCGUUGAUACCGCACGCGCACUUAGACUUGCUCUCGAUGUGGCAAGAGCUAUGGCAUUCCUACAUGGUCUCGAAAGGCAGAACAGAUGCAGAUUUCAUCUUAACAGCAAACACAUUAUGAUUGACGAAGAUUUAACUGCUCGCGUGAAUAUGGCGGACUCAAAGUUCUCGUUUCAAGAAGUGGGUCGCAUUUACGAGCCGGCUUGGAUGUCACCAGAGGCACUGAGCAAACGGGCCGCCGACAUAAAUCUCGAAGCCAGCGACAUGUGGAGUUUCGCUGUUUUAUUAUGGGAACUCGCGACCAGAGAAGUUCCGUUCGCAGACCUUUCGCCGAUGGAAUGUGGCAUGAAAAUUGCACUAGAGGAUCUACGCGUCAGUAUACCGCCAGGGAUAUCACCGCAUCUUGCUAAACUUAUCAGAAUUUGUAUGAACGAAGAUCCAGGGAAACGUCCCUCUUUCGAAAUGGUCGUUCCCAUUCUCGACAAAAUGAAACGUUAAUUUUUGAUAAAAUGCUUUUGUACGUCGCCAAUUUACCGGAAGAUGUUUUUCAUUCCUAAUGAAACGCCAGAAGACUAACUAAUAAGAUUGCAGUUAUUAAAAUUUAACCGACGCUCGAUACAGUGCCUCGAAUAAACUGAAUUAUAUUUUUUAUACAGAACCAUAUUUGAAGAAACGAUGUGCCUCUCACGAAUAUUUAUACACAACGAACAAGUUAGUUGUUAUCUUCUAUUUACGUACUCUUCUUAUACUCCGAACAUACAUUAUUCGAGUGUUUUCAAGUAAUUAUUAACUGCCUAUCUACAACGUAGGUAUAAGAGAAUAGAUCGAAUGUUUUUAAUUACGUAUUCGAUUUUUUUCUAAACAAUUAUUAACUAUUUUAAGUAUGCUACAAGGUAAACGUAAGGGAAUAGACCGAGCGUCAAGUAUAUUUUUGUUAAUCCCAUAAGAGGUAGAGAAAACAUGCUUUGGAGGCGUUCCCUCACAUGUCAAUAGAAAAGAGGAACUCUUCCAUUCAUUUUCUUUCUCUAAAUCGCCUGGUUUCCCAUUUGGACGGUCGGCCUAUUUUCUUACGUACCACAAUCGAUUUUAUAUAGCUGUUGACUUGUCUAUAAAUAUUACUGUUUAUCAAAUGUUAAUCGCAAUUAAUACUUAAUCGGACGAACGUCUCGCCUCACUUCGCUCCAAAAUAUUUAUACGGCCAGCAAUGUAAAAAGUUUAUUUACUGUACAACUAAAAUCAAGAUGAAUAAAACUAUACACCAGCUGCAAGUGUA